CUUCUCUCACUCCACUCUAUUAAUCCUCUCCCCUCCAAAUCCCCCAAAUCUGCACCGCCACCGCCACCGCCAAUGGCGUCCCCUUCUCUCCCCCUCCUCCUCCCUCUCCUGCUGCUGCUGCUGCUCCACAAUGCCGUCGCCGCCGGCCCCUCGUCGUCGUCGUCGGUGAACCCGUUCACGGCGAGGGCGGCCUUCAUCCGCUACUGGAACCGCCGGGUGCCCAACAACCGCCCCCACCCGGCCUUCUUCGUCGCCAAGCUCUCCCCGCUCGGGGCCGCCGACGCCGCCUCCUUCCCGGCCUCGCUCGGGGGCAUCCGCGCGCGGCUGACCCCGCAGCUCUGCGCCAGGGCCGCGCUGCUCUGCCCCGAGGCCCCCGACACCGAGACGGCGGCUUCCCUCGCCGCCGCGGCGGCGGCGGGGACGAAGGGCGGGCCGUUCAAGGGGUAUAGCAAUGCGAACUUCACUAACUACGGCGGCGGCGGCGUGGGCGGCUCCGACGGGUUUAGCGCUUACUCCCCGGACCUCAACGUCGUCGGGGACUCGUUCCGCCGGUACGGCCGCGACUCCACGCGGAGGGCGGACACGUUCGCCAGCUACGAGGCGGAGGGGAACGUCGUCACGGCCAACUUCACCUCCUACGCCGGCGGGGCCACGGGCGGGACCGGGUCGUUCGCCGCCUACGCCGCCGACACCAACGUGCCGGACUCCACCUUCACCAACUACGACGGCGAGGCCAACGGCCGCCGCCGGGAGUUCACUUCCUACUCCCAGGAGGCCAACCAUGGGGAGAACACCUUCGCCGGCUACGGCAAGAACGGCAACGGCCUCAGGGAGACCUUCACCACCUACGGCAACGAGUCCAACGUCAUCGCCUCCGGCUUCGCCAACUACGGCGAGUCCGCCAACGGCGCCACCGACACCUUCACCGGCUACGGCGCCGAGGGGAACGUCCCCGACAACACCUUCCGGAGCUACGGCGCCGGCGGCAAUGCCGGCGUCGACACUUUCAAGGGCUACCGCUCCGAGUCCAAUGUCGGGGACGACACCUUCGCCUCCUACGCCAAGGGCGCCAACGGCAACGCCGCCGAAUUCCAGAACUACGGCGGCUCCUUCAACCCCGGCAGCGUCACCUUCAAAGGCUACGGCGAGGGGACUAACCCCAACCACCACAUUGGCUUCAAGGGGUACGCCGGAAGCAACAACACCUUCAAGGGGUACGCCAAGUCCGGCGUCGACUUCAAGGAGUACCACAACACAUCGUCGGACAAUGCGGCAGCGGCGACGAUGUCAUUGGAGGCGGCGGUGUCGUCCGGCCAUCACCAUUUGAAGUGGUCGCCGGAGCCUGGGAAGUUCUUCAGGGAGCAGGAGCUGGUGACCGGGAACCGAAUGCCGAUGCCGGACAUCAAGGACAAGAUGCCACCCAGGGCAUUCCUACCAAGGGACAUUGCCAAGAAGAUACCAUUCAAGCCGGAUGCUGUGUCGGAGGUGUUUGGGGUGCCAUUGGACACUGCAAUGGGGAAGGCGGUUGCGUCCACGGUGACUGAAUGUGAGCGAGCGCCUAGCCGGGGUGAGACCAAGCGGUGUGCAACCUCAGCAGAGGACAUUGUGGACUUCGCAGUGGAGAUGCUAGGCAAUGACAUUGUUGUGCGCAGCACAGCCUCCACGGCUGGAAGUGGUGAGGAAAUCAGGCUCGGCAAUGUUACCGGCGUUGAUGGUGGCAAGGUGACUCGCUCCGUGUCGUGUCACCAGAGCUUGUUCCCAUAUCUGGUGUACUACUGCCACUCGGUACCUAAGGUGCGGGUGUAUGAGGCCGAUAUCAUGGCCGCCGACUCUGAUCAGCAGAUCAAUCAUGGGGUGGCAAUCUGUCACCUUGACACUUCUGAUUGGAGCCCAACCCAUGGAGCAUUCAUCGCGCUCGGUGGAAAACCUGGUGAGGUUGAGGUUUGUCACUGGAUCUUUGAGGGUGACAUGACAUGGACAGUCGCGGAUUGAUGCAAUUACAGCAUCCGAUUAACUGUUCAAUCUUCCUCUUGCCAAACUAAGAAGAGUUAUUUUUCCUAUGCUUGAUUUUUUUCUUCUUUUGCAACCAUAAGGGUUUAAGAAUUGUGCAAUGUGUGUAGGAGAAAAGUACUGGAUCAUCACCAAAUGUAAACAGUAUAUCCUGGAAAUUUGGGGGAGUUGUGCGUAAUUUGAUUGUCUUGAUCAAAUUGCAUUUGUUGUGGUAAAACAGAAGGACUUGUUCAAAAGUUUAGUCAAAUUCCUACUUAAAGUCCUGUGCUGGCAGUAGGUUGUGUCAUUUUCCAAGCUAUGUAGCAGAUCAGAUGCAAAUAGCUUACUUCCUGGUCUCAAAAUAAAGUAAC